AACAAACAUGUUGUGACCUCCACUUCCUCUUCGUCUUCCUCCUCCUCCUCAUGAUGUCACUGCCUGCUAAAGCCUCCAGCAGCAGCAGAGCGGCGGGGGGAGAAGUCAGCCUCUCUGCCAAACAGUGUGGAGGUUUUUCUUGUUCCGUGUCGGUCAGAAGGAGAAGCGAUGGCACCGGCGCAGGAGACCUGCAGUAGGAGCAUGCAGAGGUCAGAUGGUGACGUGAGCAGAAGGUCCGGGAGGAAGAGGAGGAGGAAGAGCAGGAGGAAAGCCAAAGGGUGGAGUGAUUUGGUAUCAACCCUCAAUAGACCCUUAAAACGCCGUGAAACUGCUGCAAAUCCAGCCGAAGCUGCUGAAAAAUCAAGGGAGACCAGUUUAGAGGUGAAAGAGAAUCGAGAAGUGAUUGGGAUUAGUGACUUUUUCAGCAGAUAUCAGCCAUCAGCUGUUUGUGCUGCUUCCUCCAAACAUGAGCAGAGAAAUCCGCCGUUUCUGUUUGGAAAAGGUCGUUUGUGUUUCCAGAAGCCGUCAUGUUGUAAAACAUCAGCCUGGACAGAGUCUCAGAGGAACGCAGUGGUGCAGCUCAACCAGUUACGGCCCGGCUUGCAGUAUGAGGUUGUGUCUAAAAGAGGACCUCUGCACGCCCCGCUGUUCUCUGUGGGAGUGGAGGUCGACGGUUUCCACUUUGAGGGUCAGGGAGCCUCAAAAAAGCAGGCGAGGAUGAAAGCAGCUGAGCUGGCUCUGCAGUCCUUCAUCCAGUUCCCGAACUUCUCUCAGACUCACACCGUCAAGGAGACCUUUGAUUUCACAGCAGAUUCUUUCCUAGCAGAGUUUGAACCGUCGCUGCUUGAAAACUGUGAUUUCCUGCACAACAAGACGGCAAAGACGGAAAUGUUUCCCAACGUAAACAAGAACAGAAAAACUCAUCAUUUCACCCUGGACUUAGUUUCCUCAGCAAGUCCUAAAAGGCAGCUGAAUCCGGUGGCGAUGCUCAACGAGCUGCGACCGGGACUCAGAUACCUGUGUCAGGUGGAGAGAGUCCACGGUACGCCAGUGAGGAACUUCAUCAUGGUGGUCAGACUGGAAGGGAAGGUGUUUGAAGGUUGCGCUCACAGUAAAAAUCAGGCCAAGAUUCAGGCGGCGGCCGCAGCCCUACAGGCUCUUUACUGCAUGAACCUGGAACCAGAGAGGAAACUGAUCAGCCUCCAUGGAGGCAGGACCAAAUGUCAGCUACCUCAGUUUUUUGUAGAAUCAAUCUACCGCCUAGUAAGAGAGAAAUACUCCCAGCUCAGUGACGGCUGCUCCUCUUCCUCUCACGGCCGUCACAAGGUGCUGGCCGGCAUCGUGAUGACCCGAGGAUUUGACCUCGGAUCAGCCCAGGUCGUGUCUCUGGCCACAGGGACAAAGUGUUUGGACUCGGACAGACUGAAAGAAGACGGAUGGACUCUCAGAGAUUGCCACGCUGAGGUUCUCAGCAGACGGGCGCUGGUUCGGUUCUUCUACUCUCAGCUGGAGCUGCUGCUUUGUGAGCGAACAGUUGGGCAGGACCCAUCGAUAUUCGUUCCAGAUAAAGACUCGACUAACCGUUUCCGACUGCAGGAGGGAAUCCGAUUCCACAUGUACGUCAGCUUGUCGCCGUGUGGAGACGCUCGACUCAACUGCCCGUACAAAACCACACCUGCAUAUCCCAGCAGGAGGUUUCGCUGCCACCUCAGGAUGAAGGUGAAUGGUGGCGAGGGAACUCUGCCUCUCGUCUCAACCAGAACCAAUCAGAAAUGGGCCGGAGUGUCGCUGGGUCAACAUGUCUGCAUGGCCAGCAUGUCCUGCACAGACAAAAUUGCAAAAUGGAGUGUGGUUGGCCUCCAGGGGGCGCUCCUUUCUCACCUGGUGGAGCCAAUUUACCUGCACAGCCUGACAGUGGGCAGGCUGAGCCACACGGGUCACCUGGGCAGAGCCGUGACCCGCCGCCUGGCCCGGGUCAAGCACCUGCCGUCCCUCUACAGACGACAGCAGCUGCUCCUCGGCUGUUUGAGCAGCACAGAGGUUUGUCCGGCUGGAAGAACAGGCGAUGUUUGCGUGAACUGGAGUUUCGGUGAACGAACUCUGGAGGAGAUCAACAUCUCUACAGGGAGGAGCAAAGAUUCAGGGAGUGUGUCACGAAUAUGCAGACGCUUCCUGUUCAGCUGCUGGCUGAGGCUGGAAAACAAGCUAAACACUCCUGUUUUGGGUCCUGGAGCCACCACAAUGACUUAUCCCGCAUCCAAGAUGGCUGCUAGGCGCUACCAGAGGGCAAUGCAGCAGUUUAGCAACGCUCUGCAGGAUGCAGGUCUUGGUUUGUGGCCCAGGAAACUCAUGUAGAAAAAACCAUGUAGAAAAAAUAAAAAUCUUGCUCAUGGUCUGAGAUGCCUGACAUGGACACACAAACAAGUACUGUGCUAUAAUCUGCAAAGAGUUAGAAAAUAGAUUAAGUCGAAGGAAAAAGCUUGACUUGCCUUCAGUGGAUGUUACUUUAGUGAGGAUUAAGAUUUCCAACUUUGUUUUAACAAACUGAACAAUGUCUCUGGAUGUCACUCCUGAUCUGUUGUCUUGAUGAAAAUGACGAGUCAUGGUAUUAUACAGCUUGUCCUGUGUGAAAAGUCUUAGAUAACUAGGUUGUGUCCAUCAGUCCAUUAAAUGUUGUUUUGGAUGUUUUAAGUGUUAAUAUUUUUAUUUUGAUCCUUAAAGUCCCUCAGUCUUAAACUGAAUCUGAGUCCUCAGCUGUUUGUCUGUGUGCCACCCAGGAGGGCAACAUAGUAGAGACCGUGUGCAAACCUCUUUCUUCGCUGGCGGAGGAAGGUUGUUUCUGGAACUGCAGGACCUUUGGAUAUUAAAACUAUGCAGACGACUAUAUAGCACUGAUCGAUCAAAGGAAUAUACCUUGAUCAUGGUUUGCUCAGAAUUCUGCAGAAGGAACCUUAUAACUACAGGUUCUCCAAGGCUGCUGUUGAAACCACACUGAGGGAGAAACUUAACAGCUGAUGGUUGUUCCAGAACUGAGAAACGCAGCUUCACUGAGUCUGACCACCUGCCAGGCAGCACCGCUGAUACCAAUUUGAUUACCGACAGUGUGGUAGCACAAGCUUUCCUGUCCUUGGGUACAAACAGGGAACAGAGCCUGUGCUAUUGUAUUGAUAGCAUAGACCAGGGGUCCUCAAACUUUUUCCUGUGAGGGCCACAUAACUUUUCCUUUCUCUGGUGGGGGCCCAGAGUCAGUUUGUUACAGAAAAAGUGUGACGAUUGCAGGAG